AAGAUUGCAGGCAAAAUGCCGGUUGAUGCUGCUGCUGCCUUGUGCGUGUGCGUGUCUGUGUGCAGGUAGAGGCGCACAGGCUGGCCAGGACAAAAAGCAUCCGUUGGACUUUGCUUUGUCCAAGGAUAAUAGAAGAAAGAAAAACCCAAGAACAAGCCGGCAUGGAGAGGUUGGAGGUAAAGGGGGUGCUAGCGGAGGGAUGGCAGGAAACUAAUGGGGGGUGGACAGGCCGGGCUCCUGCGGCUGCGGGCCGCGACAGGAAACAAUAAAUGACAAGAGUUAGCCAUUGGCUAGCUAAGCAGCUAAGGGCAACGCAUGCUCCAGAGUCUGGAUGCAAUAUGAAGGUUCAGUGAAGGAACGGGUGGAUUGCAGGACGGCAUAGUCGGUGUCCAACCAAGAGUGAAUCCAAAAGGUACACGCAUCAUCCAUGUACGUCCAGAGGCUUUUUCUCG